ACGACCACCACUCCUCUUUCUUUUUGACUGUCAGAGGCCUAUGAAAGAGCAAAGAAGCCGCCAUUGGUGACCCUAAUUUCAUCAGUUUUCUAUCGUUCAAAAGCUUAACUUCUACCAACCACUUAGUUUGACUAACAGAAGAUAAAGACGAACAAUGAAAGAGCAAAGAGACCGGCACUCACUUGCCUAAUGUCUAUUUAAUAUUUGUCCAGCGCAAGCUUCAUCAGUUUCUCUUAUUCAAAAGCUUACAUAUCAAAUCAUUUAGGCUCAUUUGUAAGGAAAGAGAUGGAUCUUAUCACAACUCAACUUACUCCUCCAGAUUAUUUACUACUACAAAAGUCAAAAAUCAGUAAAGAAAUCAAGAAUUUGAAAGAUUUUGUACAACAGUACAAAAAUAUCCUAGAAAUGAAGAAUGAGAUUAUAGACUGUCUUCAAUCGCUUCAACGAGAUCUACAGGAUAUUAAAUCUUUAGUGCAACGUGGAGGGCCAACUCUAUCUUCCAACAUCAAUGGAACAGAACAACACCAUGUACAGGAGAUCACUCAACAAAAUAUCUAUUUUGGGUCUACUCUAAAUCAAGAGAAUGAUGUGGUGAGGGGUCCAAAUGCACAAAGUUUAUCAUGUUCAAAACGAAAAAGGUGGUCAAAGGUUUGGGAGGACUUCACAAAGCAUGUAGGCCAAGAUGGAAAGGAAUGGGCUAAGUGUAAACAUUGUAAAAAAGAGUUUGUAGGAUCAAGUAAGAGUGGAACCACACAUCUCAAAAAUCAUUUACAAAGUUGCCCUAGUUUGAGAAAUCUAAGUGCAGUUGUAGAUAAAGUAAAAGAGAAAAAUAUAAUUGGCCCAGAUUCAAAUGGCUUUGAUUUUGUGGGAAGGAUUAUUAAGUAUGGGCUAAACGGCAUCAAGGAUGAUAUUCUUGUUGUCUACGAACAAGAGAAGUAUAGAUUUCGCGGAUAUAUAGAUAAGCUCCCUUCUCGUUUUAGCUUAACAUUUCAUAGGUCUUAUUGGAAGAGUUUUUGCCUGGCGAAAAUCUGGUUUGUUGAUGAUAGUUGGAAAUUGAGAAACAUGAUUAUAUUUGUGGAAAAUUGUGAAGAUAAGGAUGAAGAUGAUGACUAUGAAAUUUUGAAGUCUUUGCUUGUGGAUUGGAACAUACACACAAAAAUGUUUUCCAUGUUUAUCUGUGAUGGAGAACUAUAUAAGGAAGCUACCGAGAAUUUGAACAACUGGUUCAACAAAAGAGGUUCACUUCCGUUUAUUGGGAUAGAUGUUCCGAGUUAUGCUUUAUUAGAUAUAUUUUGUUUGGAAUUUUUCAAUAUUUUGAAAGAAAUUUCGCCAAAUAAUAUUAUUGCUAAAGCGUCUAAGCUUAAGGACUACGUCCGCACACCAUCCAAUGAUCAAAAGUUUGAAUGUGCGGUACAUCAAGCUCUGUCCAUGGGCAAAAUAGUAACUUCCCAAAGUACUCCUCCUCUUUGGGAUAACAGCAUUAGAGUGCUUGAAUGGGUAAUGAGAUGUAAAGAAGCAUUUAAUGAACUGGAGCAUAUAGAUCCUGAUUUCAAGUUUAUCAAUUUUACAAAAGAGGAUUGGGAUGAUGCAACUUUGCUCUAUAAGGGUUGGCAAGGGCUACUUGAUUACAAAAAUGAAAUUUCGAAGUUAGUAUAUUCUAACAAUGAAGCGAAUUUUAAAGUAGUCUGUGACAUAUUUUUCAAAUUGGUUCAGUUGGGGAAAAGUGAUAAUUAUUACCUUUGCCACUUUGCAUCACUGAUCAUAAAACGUCUUAUAAAAUAUUGGAAGAAUUCUCAGUCGAUUUUAGAAGUCAUGGUCCUUUUGGAUCCACGGUAUAAAUUGGAGAUGGUAGCAGAUAUCUACAAAAUGGUUUAUGAUAAUGAUUUUGAGAUACACUUUCAAAAAGCGAUUGACGAUGUUACAAAUAUUUUCAAUGAAUAUGUGAAGGGCAUGUCAUCAUCCUCUUCAAACUUUGACUAUAAUGUUACUUCAAAAUCAGAACUUGACUGCUAUUCGAUAGAAGAGUUUCCUCAAGAUGAAAUGUUUGAUGUUCUGCAAUGGUGGCGUCACAAAUCUCCAGUUUAUCCAAUACUAUCUAGAAUGGCACGUGAUUUCUUAUCAAUGCCAGGUGAAAUUCCUUCUUUGCCUUCUUCCAUUGUGGAUGAAAUUCAAGAUAUUUAUGAUUAUAAUGAUCUUGAUGAUGACUUCAAAUUCAAAUUGGCAUGUACAAAAUAUUGGUUGAACUUUAUUGAAAAUAAUUAAUUAAGUUGUUGAAUGUGUGAUAUGUUUUUUAUCCUUUUAAUACAAAAAGGAUUAACAUUUUGUUGUAUAAAAAUUGACAAAAUAUUAUACUUCUCAAGCUUUAUUGUCAAUUGCCACGUGAUGUUUACAUCUUGAUUGUUGUUCAUCUCAUCUUCUCAA